GGUCAUCGUAUUACGCAUACAGUUGACUGUGCCUUUCAUCUCUAUUAUUCGCUUAGUUCUUCUUUCUAUUGUUUUUGCUGUUGCUGUUCACGCUCCUCUAUAUUUACUCGGUGUUUUCCUUCCGGUUUGGUGGUCAUAUUCCAGCGACUUUCACACGUCUCAUUUCUUAUUCGCUUCUCUUUUUUGUUUACUCGUUUGUUUUCUCUCCCAUUUGUUGUGUCUCGACUCGCUCCUUCGCUCCCUGCCUGUUCCAGCGCGCGCUCUUUCGGUUGUCGCGCGGGUGAGCUUGUGAGUGAGUGCUUUCUUUCUUUAUUAGUAUUACUACAACUGGUAUUAUCUGCGCCUGCGUGUGCCGCAGCUUUGGAUUUUGUGUUCUCAGCAGUCUCAUUCGCCGGCAUUCGUGUGCGUGUUUGUGUGGGGAGCGGCAAAGCUAUUUCCUUCGGGGUUGGUGGUGUUUCUCUCUAUCGCCCUUCCCUCUCUCUCUCUUCUUUCGCCCCUCAUAUUGAGUACCAGAAACUUGUUGCCUGUGCAACGAGCGCAUCAACCGUUGUUUGAGUCCCUCGGAGGAGGUAGAACAUAGCAAAAACCCUAACGCAGCUCUCUUUCGAAAAAAGAAAGAAAGGAAAGAGGAUACGAACAACAGAGCGAAGGCAGCGAUGUUGACUACGCGCAUUAUCAAGGAAACGGAGAAGCUCCAGAAGGAGUGCCCGCCCGGCAUCACGGCCACCCCGACGAAGGACAACCCGCGGUACUUCAUGGUCACCAUCCAGGGCCCCCCGCAGUCGUGCUACGAAGGCGGCCUCUUCCGCCUCGAGCUCUUCCUCCCCGAGGAGUACCCAAUGAAGCCGCCGAAGGUGCGCUUCCUCACGCGUAUUUACCACCCCAACGUAGACAAGGUGGGCCGCAUCUGUCUCGAUAUCAUCAAGGAUAAGUGGUCGCCGGCGCUUCUGAUCAACAAGGUGCUUCUGUCGAUUCAAAUUUUGAUGUCGAGUCCGAACCCGGACGACCCGCUCGCGAACGACGUGGCGGAUCACUGGAAGGAAGAUGAGGCGGGCGCCCUACAGACCGCGCGCGAAUGGACGCGCAUGUACGCAAAGCCGUAA